AUGCGGAGGCUGGAUGUCCUCGUCUCUCCCACGGUUUCCAGAGCGUCGCGCCAUCCCUGGUGGGGGCGUAUCAGCACACUUGGGGUGCUAUCCAAGGAUAUAUAUGCCGACGAAGUUACUUCCACCAUCAGUCACUGUCUUGGCUUACCUCAGCACUACGGUGUGUUUUGUACGCACGGAUCGGUUGGCACACGAACACACGCAUGGGAAGAGCUAACAAAAACCGACGCAAGUAAUCACGCGGCAAUAUCCGCCGGUUUUCCUGCGGAGAAAACAGAAAGAUUAGCAGAGAUUGCAGUGUCGAGGAUAGAGAAAAGAAAGUUCGCAAUUUGCGACGUGUCCCAACGUCAAGCUGACGAGGGAUAUAAUUAUCCUAGGCCUUCACAACCUCUCCAACCAGGUGGUCCGAGUGGAGGUCCGAGCGGAAAACCGGGAGGAGGAUUUCCAGGUACUCCUGGUGGAUAUCCAUCCGGCGGCCCAGGGGCGCCUGGUCCCGGAGGACCAGGUAUACCUGGCGGGCAACCUGGAAAGCCUGGUGGUGGUUAUCCAUCACCAGGAUAUCCAGGUGAACGUCCUGGCGGUACUCAACCAGGUGCACCAAGUGGACCUGGGAGAUUUCCAUCAGGACAAGGUCCUUCCGAAGGAUAUCCCAGGGAACGUCCCUCAAUUCCCUUUCCGAGUGGUGAACCGACAGGGAGGCCUGGAGCGGGCCCAGGUGGUUAUCCAUCCGGCGGUCCAGGUGCACCCGGAGGGUUUCCAUCAGGACCAGGUGGUGGAUAUCCUAGUGGCCGACCUGGUGGGCAAGGACCUUCCGGAUAUCCGAGCGGGGGCCCAGGAAAGCCAGAAGGGCCCGGCUAUCCCAGUGGACGACCGGGUGGAGGAUAUCCCAGCGGACAGGUUCCUGGAGGUCAUCCCGGCGGAGUACAAAAGCCUGGUGGCCCGGGAAGUGGAUAUCCUAGUGGAGGGCCAGGAUCUGGAUAUCCAGGGGGUGCUCAAAGACCUGGUGGUGGUCCAAGUCCUCAAGGACCAGGCGGGUAUCCUGGGCCAGGAGGACCAAGCGGGUAUCCGGGACCGGGAGGACCAAGCGGACCUCAAGGUCCUGGAGGUCAGCAAGGCCCAGGAGGAUAUCCAAGUGGACCAGGAACACAAAGACCAGGCGGCUAUCCGAGUGGUCCCGGCCCGCAAGGACCGGGUGGGUAUCCAAGCGGUCCCGGAGCGCAAGGACCAGGAGGAGUUUCAGGCGGACCAAGUCCGCAAGGACCAGGAGGGUUUCCAGGUAGACCUGGUACUCAAAGACCGGGUGGAUAUCCAGGCGGACCAGGUCCUCAAGGACCGGGUGGAUAUCCAGGUGGACCAGGUCCUCAAGGACCGGGUGGAUAUCCAGGUGGACCAGGUCCACAAGGACCAGGAGGUUUCCCAGGUAGACCAGGCACGCAAGGCCCGGGUGGACCAGGUGGACCAGGUCCACAAGGGCCGGGAGGUUUUCCAGCUGGACCGGGUGCAGUAGGACAUGGAGGAGGAGAAUAUUCUCAUGAUGAGGAAGGAACCUAUGACGAAGGUGAUUACUCAGCUAUACCAGGCGAGCCCGGUCGCGACUAUCCCAUAUACAGCGAAGUUCCAGAGACUAGUUUCCGUUGCGACGCUCAACAAUUCCCUGGUUACUAUGCCGAUGUGGAUGCCCAGUGCCAAGUUUUUCACAUAUGUGCCAACAACAAAACUUAUGAUUUUCUUUGUCCGAAUGGAACCAUCUUCAAUCAGCAAUUUUUCGUUUGCGUAUGGUGGAAUCAGUUCGACUGUAAUUCUGCGCCAAGUUUGUAUUAUUUGAACGAAAAUCUUUAUGAUUACACAAUAAUGGGAACACCAGGUCAAGGAUUCCCUGGCACCGAAGGACCUUCGAGACCUUCUGGACCGGGUACAUAUCCAAGUGGUCCAGGCGGUCCAGGCGGUCCAGGUGGUCCAAGUGGUCCAAGCGGUCCAGGCGGUUCAGGAGGACUUCAAGGCCCAUCAGGGCCAGGCGGAUAUCCAGGAGGACCUCAAGGGCCAUCGAGACCAGGUGGAUAUCCAGGUGGACCUCAAGGCCCAUCAGGGCCAGGCGGAUAUCCGGGAGGACCUCAAGGUCCAUCGAAACCAGGUGGAUAUCCAGGUGGACCUCAAGGCCCAUCAGGGCCAGGCGGAUAUCCGGGAGGACCUCAAGGUCCAUCGAAACCAGGUGGAUAUCCAGGUGGACCUCAAGGCCCAUCAGGGCCAGGCGGAUAUCCGGGAGGACCUCAAGGUCCAUCGAAACCAGGUGGAUAUCCAGGUGGACCUCAAGGCCCAUCAGGGCCAGGCGGAUAUCCGGGAGGACCUCAAGGUCCAUCGAGACCAGGUGGAUAUCCAGGUGGACCUCAAGGCCCAUCAGGGCCAGGUGGAUAUCCUGGCAGACCUUCAGGUCCUUCUGGCCCAGGUGGCUACCCAGGAGGUCCCUCAGGUCCAUCGGGACCAACUGGACCGGGCGGCUAUCCAAGCGGUCCUCAAGGUCCAACAGGCCCUAGUGGUCCAGGCGGUUUUCCAGGACGACCAGGCGCUCCAUCCGGACCUGGAUAUCCUGGUCCAGGACCACAAGGCCCAUCUGGCCGUCCAGGGCCCGGAUACUUAGGUCCAUCAGGACCACAAGGACCUACUGGCCCUACUGGACCAACGACAAGACCUAGUGGCCCCGGUGGUUAUCCAGGACCAAGUGGACCAUCUCCAGGAUAUCCAGGCAGACCUCAGGGACCUACUGGACCGCAAGGUCCAAGCUAUCCGGGUACAGGUACACCUGGUGCUCCUAGUGGACCUGGUGGAUAUCCUAGCGGUAGACCGAGUGGCCCAUCAUUCCCUUCGCCAGGAAAACCUGGCACGGGUUCACCAUUCCCAUCGCAAGGCCCGUCAAAACCAGAUCGUGAGUACUUGCCGCCGCGGGCUGAAUAAGCGUAAAGUUAAAUAUUCUAGCCGAUAUCUAACGACGACUCCUUGUUACCGAAUCGUUGUUAAUGCUGAAUGACACGUGUAAAUACGAACUCCUUUAUCCGCGUAAUCUAAGUGAUAUCGAUUAUUUGUGUAUUGCAUUCACUUUUAUAUGUAGGAAAUCUGAUUCUGCUUGCGUAUUUACUCAUCCUAGGGUUUCCAUGCGCACAACUAAGGAUUUUUGUAUUUCUAUUAUUUCU